AUGACGCCUCAAAAGGUCUACUCACGUUCUGAGCUCGAGAAUAUGUGCUCAGAGCUUGACCCCAAAGAAAUCUUGAAGAUGUUCUACUCGCCCGGAAUGGCUUUCCAAACCUUUCCUACCAUUUCUCAACACGAGGGCAGCAUUUCGACUACCGGCUUUGACGAACGACACGACCUGGCCAUACAUACGGACACGAUCCGGGCGAAUAUUUACAAUGCGUUCGCUGAUCAUCAAGCUACCUAUGGCAUGCCGGUCAGAGCAAAGCCGACUCUGUGCCCAGAAGCUGCACAGCCGAUUCCUCUGGUUCUUCGAGAUGCCCUCGUCGACUAUUUCUACUUGAAGAAAGGCGCCGGAAAUCCCCUUAUCAUGCGAUGCCCACACGAUCUUAAACGCUUCUUGACGAUUAGGCCUUGCCUUGGCGAGAACAUUGUCAAUGUUGCCCCAGUCAACAGGAACAUCAUGAUGUCUCUUCCAGAAAUGGUGGAAAUCGGCAUGGACGUGGAAAGCAUCUCCGCGACUAUAGGAGACGCUCUCGCCAUGUUCGUCUUCAAGUGUGGGCUUUACUACUUUGGCAAUUUCUUUUUCCGCAUCGUUGCCGAGAACAGAGGUGAAACAUCUGGUCCUGUCACUGUCGGCAUAGUUGUCUCUAAUCAUCCGAACGACGUGAAGCAGCGACAUGCGGAUACGACCCGUGCGACAGAAGACAUGGCGAAGAUGGCGGAAAGGUUGGAGUCACAAGUACCUUCUCCUAUCGAAUCGCCCUACCUUUGGAACAUCUUCAAAACGGCGUUUAUCACCCGGGGCAAGAGGUACUGCUCUGCCAUUCCUGUUGCGACUCCAGAAGAGGUGAUGGAGUUUUUCGAGGCAAUGUAUGGUUGCCCUUAG